AUGACUAAAGCAGAUUCUAUACAAAUAUAUAAAUGGAAUUUCGAAAUUUCAAUAUAUACUUUUUUAUUUAUAUUUUUUUAUUCUAAUUUCAACAAUUCUUUUUUUUCUUUUAAUACGGUUUACUUUAUUUUAUCUAUCUUACCUCUAGAUUCAUAUUUUUUGAUACUGUUGCAUUUUUCGAUAUUACCAUUUAUAAGUAAUUUUACAUUUCCAUCACUAAGUAUAGAAGAAAUAUCUCUUGUCUCUCAAGUUCUUACUAAUUUACUGGCUUAUUUAAUAUCUUCUAAAAAUAGCUUACCACAUGAAUUAUUCUUUAUUUUAGCAAUUUUUGGACCUAUUAUAGGCGUUUUACUUGCCAUUCCUUUUUUAAAGGAAUCCAUUAAAAUUUCUCAAAUAUCUUCUCGUUAUCGUACUCCACUUAUGAAGAUUAAAUAUAUUGGAUGUGCUAUUAUUUCAUACUUCAUUAUUAUUAUAUCUAUUCUUAUAAUACAACACUAUGGAUUUAAAAAACACUUUACUAAAGACAAGAAUCUUAUUUUCUGGCUUAUUAAUUAUAUAAUAUAUGAAAAUGGGUCUGUUAUAAGACAAAAAAUGUUGCUUUGGUGGUUUACUUGUUUAAUUAUUAGUAUUUUUUUUAUAAGAACAUUUUUUUGCCAACAUAAAUCAAAAAUGGUCUGUAAUAAUAAAAAAAUAUUAUAUAGUGAGUUGAAUAAAAAAAGGAAAUUUUUUCAUGCAGUAAUUGUAAUAAUGUUUCUUCCAACAUUAUAUUUAGAUCCUUUAUUUUCAAAUAUAUCAUUUUCUAUUGCACUUUUAUUAUUUUUUAUUUCUGAGGUUAUUAGAGUGUUUGCAUUACCACCUUAUGGACUAUCUUUACAUUCUUUUUUAUCUAAAUUUACCGAUGAACGUGAUAAUAAAGGCAAAAUUAUAAUUAGUCAUUUUUAUCUUCUUAUAGGAUGCGCUAGUCCAUUAUGGCUAGAUUUUGCUGGCAUUGUAUUUGAUCAACAAAAUCAAUAUAAACUUAAGUUGGGCACUAUUAGUGGUAUACUAUGUUUAGGUUUUGGUGAUUCUGCAGCCAGUCUUGUUGGAAAAAAAAUUGGUAAACUACAUUGGCCCAAUUCUAAAAAAACACUAGAGGGGACAUUUGCAUUUAUUUUAGCAGUAUUUUUUGGCGGGAUACUAACAGAAUAUAUGUCUUGGAUAAAUGACGUUAUUAUAUGGACCGAUUUUUUCAUGGCAACUAUUAUGACUGGUAAGUAA